AUGUCCAAAGUCAACAGAAGGAAAGAAAUCAAAGAGAAGGAGGCCUUCCAGCUCCGGUUCCAGCUUGCCCUCAACGAAUCCAACUCCACAGUCGCCAAUUGGCUACCGUCCCAGAAUGCCUCUCUGAACACAGAAGAAGAGGUUUCAGGGGCUGAUUUUCUUAACUUGCCGAUUCUCUCGAACGGGCUGGGCCUCUAUGAGCUUGAGAAGGACGACGAGGAGCAAAAGACGAUAUCAGAUUUUGUGAAUCCUGAAAAAGACCCCCAAAAGUUGAAGGUUCAGGAGAAUCGCCAGAACACGGCUGGAAGCAAAGCCAUGGCUGCUUUGGUCAACAAAAUGAGAAACGAUAGCCGUGGGCGUGUAAAUAAUAAGGAAAAGAAACCACAGGGACCGCCUCAGAAGGUUCAAAAGAAACGGAGCCAGUUUUUGGGUGAAUUGGACGGGAAGAAGAAACAGGCAAAGGAGACGGCGAAAACGGCUCUGAAGGGGCAGCGCCAGGACGAUGUGGAUUCAGAGGAAGAGGAGGAACGCCGCCAGAGUGCCCAGAGAAGCACGAAAAAAGCGACAAAGGUAUCGAAGCGGCCAUUCUAA